GUACACUCUCGAUAAUGUAAAUACGCGUUGAUAUGAACAUCUCGCUAAUGUGAACAUCAAAAUUGUUAACAUUGGACACCGCAUAGUGUGAACAGCGGCAACCCCCGAUAAUAUGAACUGCGUGAAUACCUGCGCCCUUGCCAUUUAUCAUGUAAAUUUCCAUUAGUCUAUUUAUAUCACUUGAUUAGAACGUUGUGUGUGGUUGUGCCAUAAUAAAAAUGCCUAAAUUACAAAAAAAGUGUCUACCUUUAAGUGAAAAAGCGCGCGUUUUAGAUGACCAUAAUAGAGGUAUGAGUGUUACCUCAUUAUCUAAAAAAUACGGUAUUGCUAAAUCUACAGUGUGUUCUCUCAAAAAGAAACAACAAAACAUUCUUAGUGGUCAGUAACAUGUUGAAACCUUCAAAAAAAUGCACUCUCAAAAAAUCGGAAAAUCCAAAGUUAGAGAAACAAUUAUACAGCUGGUUCCUCAAGCAAAGGGAACACAACUUACCGAUCUCAGGAGAAAUGAUUAAACAAAAAGCAUUAAUGAUAGGCAAAAAUUUAAACAUUCCCACAUUCACUGCCAGUGAGGGUUGGCUUCACCGUUUUAAAAGUAGACAUGGUGUAAGAUUUUUGAAAAUUACUGGCGAAAGGUUAUCCUCUAAUCCCGAAGUGGUCGAUCCCUUCAAGCAAAAAUUUAUACAAAUGAUGGAAGAGCACAGUCUUAAUUCUAACCAAAUUUAUAACGCCGACGAGACGGGAUUAUACUGGCAGUUAUUGCCAGAUAAAACCUAUGUUUCCAUCAAUGAAAAAACUGCUCCUGGAAUGAAAACAUCAAAACAGAGGAUAACCUUUUUAGGAUGUGCAAAUGCUUCUGGCCUCCAUAAAUUAAAACCAUUAAUAAUCGGAAAAUCUAAUGCCCCAAGAUCCUUCAAGAAUUUCAAAAAUCCUUUGAUCUACAGGAACACCAAAAAAGCCCGGAUGACAGGUCAAAUUUUUAAAGAUUGGUUCUUUAAAAACUUUGUCCCGGAGGUGAAAUCGUUUUUGCGAAGCAUGAAUUUGCAACAAAAAGCAGUUUUACUUUUAGACAAUGCGCCUUCUCAUCCAUCUGCUGAAGAACUCAAAACUGCAGAUGGCAUGAUUUUCGUUAUGUUCCUCCCCCCAAAUGUUACGCCUUUAUUACAACCUAUGGAUCAAAAUAUCCUAAGACUUACAAAAUUAUACUACAGGAAUAGCUUGCUAAGCAGCAUCGCAGCAAGUGAGGAAUCAAUAGCCACAGCACUAAAAAAAAUUACAUUGAGAGACGCAAUUCUUCAUCUGUCGUCUGCUUGGGAUAAAUUAACACCAGCCACUAUCAAAAAAUGCUGGAACGUUGUAAUGCCUAACAAUGAUGUGUCCGACAAUGCAGCUGAUGAUCCCGAUGACGAGGUACCGCUGAAUAUUUUACAACAAAGAUGGAGGAACGAAAAUGUUGAUAUGCGUAGUGUCUGUCGUAAGGGAUACGAUUUCACUGCUUGAUGAAGUAGCGCCUGCCGAGUACGAAUUCACAGAUGUUGAAGUAUGGAAUGAAGAUUUAAAUCAAGAAAACACAAUAGAAGUGGAAGAUUAAUCAGACAGUAGCGAGGAAGAAGAGAACGAACCACCAAUCGUGAAAAUAGCACAUGGUGCAGUAUUAAAAGCAUUAGAUACCACAAUAGAGUGGUCAAAACAAAAUGCAAUUCACAUUAGCGACUUAAUGGUUUUGAAAAAGAUCCAUGAAAAGGCUGUAAUGGCAAAAAUAUCACAAAAGAGACAGCAAACGAAAAUACAAGAUUAUUUUUCCAAAGAAAUACCCAAAUAAUUACAUAUGUACUCACUUUUUUUUAAGAAAAUAUGUACUUUUGUUAUUUUUAUUUUUUCUAUUAAAUACAUAAUUAUGUAUAUGUAUAAAAACGCAAAUUUUAUCUUAUUAUGCACACCCCCCUUAGUGUGAACAAACUCUAUAGUCUGAACAUCUGUCUGGAUUUUUGUGUUCACAUUAUCGAGAGUGUACUGUAUA